AAAACGAGAAACUACUUGGAAAAAACAAAUAAGUUAAUUAAAGAGAACUAUGCAAAGAUUGAAGCUCUAGAGUGUAAGCAAUUGGCAAAUCCGUUUUUAAAGAAAAGUACAACUACUGGAAAGAAAAGACACAAGAUGGAUUGUGCUGUUAAUGAUGACGAGGAUUGACAAUCGACAGAUGGAGAGGAUGGGAGUAGUUCUUGCUUCGAAGAUGAUGAAUGUUCCUUGGAAGAUGAAGAAUGUUCUGGGGCUCGGUUGAGUAAGGUGGCUACUACAAGCAAGCGUGUACAAUUGCCAGCUGGACCAAUGACUGCUAUAUUGCAGCCUUUGCCUACCAUUAAUCAAGACCAACAUAGAAGUCAGCAAGUACAGUUACAGGAGCAGCCGCAACCGCAGGUGCAAGCAAAGUUAGUGCGAUGUCAAGCUUCACCCAUGAGUGCUAUAUUAUAGCCUUUGCCUACCAUUAGUCAAGACCAGCAUGAAAAUCAGUCAGUACAAUUGCAGGCGCAAGUGCAAGCAAAGCUAGUGCGAUGUUGGACUGCACCUAUGAGUACUGUAUUACAGCCUUUGUCUAUCAUUAGUCAAGACCAGCAUGGAAAUCAACCACCACCAAACUAUCAUGAGUUCCAAUCACCAUCUGAUGAAGUGGUAGGUCACAUAAAUGAGAGAGCCAUGGAGCUAGAAUCACAUCAACAUUCUAUGAGCAAUCACACUACUCCAAACUUGCACUCGCUGGAACAAAGCAAUGAAGGGUCAAAAACUUCAAUUGGAGCAAAUCCCAACUCGCAACAACAAAGAGCCAGGGGGAGAGGCUUUGCUCGUCCAUAUGUUGGGUGGGGUACAAGAGCAAAGUUAGAAGUUAAAUUGAAUAAAGACGAUCAACCAAUAGUUAACACGGCAGGUCCCUUACAAAGUUAACUUGGCCUCUUAGCAAGAAACGCAACUUUGGCACGCUUAACUUUUACUGAUUGGAGGGCUUCAAAGCCAUAUCCAUACAAGGAACGCAUAUGGGUAGAGGUUAAGGUAUUUAUUAUAGGGAAAAAUUCAGAUUAUGUGCUAAUGUUGCUGCUGCUAUUGUUUUAUAAUCUAUCUUCUUAGACUAAAUUUUGAUCAGUUGAGCUAAUGUUGUUGCUGCUAUAUUGUCGGUGUUUAAUUGUUGAUAUACUUAU